AUGCACCACCACGGCCUGCGGGACGCCCACGAGGAGCCGCCGCCGCCGCCGCCGCCCCCGCACCACCCGGACCACCUCGCGCAGCAGCAGCAGCAGCAGCAUCCGCACGGGCAGCAGCCGCCGCCGCAUCACCACCCGCACCACCACCACGAGGCGCACUCGGACGAGGACACGCCGACCUCGGACGACCUGGAGCAGUUCGCCAAGCAGUUCAAGCAGCGGCGGAUCAAGCUGGGCUUCACCCAGGCCGACGUGGGCCUGGCGCUGGGCACCCUCUACGGGAACGUCUUCUCGCAGACCACCAUCUGCCGCUUCGAGGCCCUCCAGCUCAGCUUCAAGAACAUGUGCAAGCUCAAGCCGCUGCUGAACAAGUGGCUGGAGGAGGCCGACUCUUCCACCGGCAGCCCCACCGGCCUGGACAAGAUCGCCGCCCAGGGCCGCAAGCGCAAGAAGCGCACCUCCAUCGAGGUGAGCGUCAAAGGGGUGCUGGAGACCCACUUCCUCAAGUGCCCCAAGCCGGCCGCCCAGGAGAUCUCCUCGCUGGCCGACAGCCUCCAACUGGAGAAAGAAGUGGUCCGGGUCUGGUUUUGCAACCGGCGGCAGAAGGAGAAGCGCAUGACGCCGCCGGGAGAGCCUCCCCAGCCCCACGAAGUCUACCCCCACGGCGUGAAGACGGACCCGCCUUCCUGCCACGACCUUUGACUAUGACGGACCCGCUCGGGAACUGGGGCGGCGGCGGCGGAUCAGGAUCAUUUGGGUGUGAUUCUAUAAAUAUAUAUAUAUAUAUAAAUAUAUAUACAAUUCUCUCUUCCCCCCCAU